AAACACAGUACUUCCGGUUCCGGACCGGAAGAGAUGGCAAAUAAACGGUUGUCAGGGGUUACCAAUGUUUCUAUCGUGUUAGUAUCGCCUAAAAGUGUCUUAGUAUUUCACCGUAUCGCCAUAAAUGUGUAUUAAUUGAAACUAUAAAUGCAUAUUAAAGUUUAACUUUGAAGAUAAUAUGGUACGUUGGUUUCCGAAGCAAUCGGUCGUUUUAACGGAAACGUUAGCUAGCUAGCUAGCUAGCUAGCUUGUGUGAUGCUAGCUUCGCCAAGAUGACUGCAGUUCCCAAAUGCGGAUCUCUCAUUGUAAGAGACUGGCAUCGAGACAAAGACAGCAAAGAAUAUUUCAGCAAAAUACUGCACAAGAAGAAACGGAAGAUUUUUGGUUUGCUGGAGUCUCCGUUGAUGCCCCCACAUGAAGCCGUAGACACAGUCCACUACAAGAUCUUCCUGUCUGGCAAGAGCGGUGUUGGUAAAAGUUCCCUUGCUGCCCGUCUGGCUGGUGUGAAAAUACCCAACAUGCAUUACGAAACCACAGGGAUCGAAACAACGGUGGUGUAUUGGCCAGUGAAGCUGAGAGAAACCAACAGAGUCCUUUUCUUUCGCUUCCAGCUGUGGGACUGUGGGGAGAAUGCCCUGCGUCGAUUCGACCACCUGCUUCCGUCUUGUAAGGAGCGUGUGGACGCAGUUCUCUUCCUGUUCUCCUUCACAGACAGGAUGUCCUUUGACGAUCUAGCCAACCAGAUUGCCAAGUGGACCGACCCAUAUGGAAGCCGAGUGGUGUCUUUAGUAGUUGGUACAAAAUUUGAUCUUUUCAUGCACUGUGACGUCCCAGACAAAGACUUGAGUGUCUUCCAGGACACGUGGAGGUUGCCGCUGAUGCGUACAGGCGGGGAAGUCGGCGACGGGCUGGGGGACGUAGCACCCCUCCUGGAUUGCCUGGCCGAGAACCUGUGGCAUCAGGACUGUGUCGUAGCAAGACAUCAGCCGCAGCUGGGGGCAUGAAGUCUCACUUGUGGUGUGCAGACCUCAGUCCUACGCGGGGGCUUCAGACAGUGCAGUUUGAAGAGGAGCUGGGUGAUUUGGCUCACAGUUACUGGACUUUGUGUUUCUAUCGGGUCUAGUGUGUUGGUAUUCAAUACUAAAGACCGUAUCAGGCAUUGGUCUCCUGUCGGUGAAGACGGCAAGGUUGUUUCAGUUUUAUGGAACCUGGAACAGUCUUCCAGAAGAUGUGCGACAAGCCUCAACUUUGGCAAAUCAAAAGUUUGAUACCUGAAAGUAUUUUAUCAGCACUCUUGACUAUGAAUUGUGCUCUAGAAAUAAACUUGCCUAGUAUUACCUUU